UCUUACAGUCAUACUCAAUAGACUUCAUCUUACCUUAAAAAUAAAAAAAAUAAAAAAAUAAAAAAAUAAAAAAUUCAAGCUGAAAAAGGGGAAAGGAGGGAGUUUAAACAUCGACAAUGUCGGAAGCUUAAACCUUUUUUGAACACGAGCAAUUGAUUGCACCGCAAAUUCAAUUUACAGAGAUCCAAUUCAAAACCCUAAAAAAUCCGACCUUAUUGGAGCUUAAACUCUCUCUCGUUGCUUCUCAGCAUUCGUUUAUCAAAAACUCAAUUCAAAGCGAAGCAUAUUCGAUGGUGAUAAAACGGUGAGUUAGUGGAAAUGGAAGUUCGAAGGGAUGAAGAACGAACCGAGAUAAUGCGUAGGUGUAGCAGGUGCAUGGUUAAGGGAGAUAAAAUGUGCUACCAACAUGUUGUUUCUUAUUUAUUUCCUGUGAUCAAGAAAAAUGAUUCCUCAGAUUCUGCAAAAAGUGAAGAAAAUAAAUCCCAGAACCCAGUUAAAUUAAAUGAUAAAUUUGUUGGGAGUAAGAAAUUUGAUGAUGAAGAAGAAAAGGGUAGGAAUAUUUCAGCUGAAAAUGUGGAAACUCAAGGUCAGGAUGUUGUAAAUGUGAUUGAAGAAAAGAAGUGCACACCAAGUGUUUGUGAAAAUGGCGCAGAGAGAAGAGAGAAAACAAGUCCAUUGGAAAUAACUCUAACUAAACUUAAGGAAAAGCUGAAUAGGAGUAAGAAAAUGGAAGAGGAAGAAAGUGCGGGAAAAUUGUCUGUUGGAGUGAAGAAGGGGAGAGGAGAGGAGAAAGAGAAUGGGAUUUAUCGAAAGAAAUUUCGAAAGAUUGCUGUGAAAUUCGAUGAUUUGGCUAGCUGUAGAGAUGGGCUUGGUAGUGUUGUUGAGGAGAGAUUACGAAAGUGUGGGCAGAAUGUGGUGGAGGAAGACGAGGACAGUGAUGUUGCAUUGGUUGAGCAUUCCCAAGAGGAGGAAGAUGAACAAGGAGAAGAAAUAGACAAGGGCACACUCGGUGUUUGCGAAAAUGGUACUGAGGAGAAUACACCAAAGAUUGAUAAAAGGAUUAAGAUCGAUUCCAGCGCUUGUCAUCAAUGCCAUAGAGGCGACAAGGGAAGAGUUAUUAGGUGCUCUAAGUGCAAGAGCAAACGGUUUUGCAUUCCCUGCAUUACAACCUGGUAUCCGCAGAUGACUGAAGAGCAGAUUGCUCAGGCUUGCCCACUCUGCCUUGGGAACUGCAAUUGCAAGUCGUGUUUGCGCAUGGAGGGAUCUACCAAAUAUCAGGUGAAGGAUGGAUAUAAUGUUCGGCAAGAAGUAAAGAUUGACCACUCCAAAUAUCUGCUGAGGAUCAUUCUGCCACUUCUAAAGCAGUUUAAUCAGGAACAGAUGACAGAAAAGGAAAUAGAAGCCAAAAUUCAGGGUGCACUAGUGUCUGAAGUAGAAAUUCAAAAUGCAAUUGGGCGAGAAAAUGAGCAAGUAUUCUGUAACAACUGCAGAAACUCCAUUGUCGAUUUUCACAGAAGUUGUCCAAACUGUAUGUAUGAUUUGUGUCUCACCUGCUGUCGGGAAGUUCGUGCUGGACGGCUGCAGGAUUGUGAAGAAGCUGUAACGGAAUAUGUUGAUAAGGAUUUACAAAAUUUGCACUGUAAAAGUUCUCGUGGGCGACCAAAGAAACCAACUAGAGGCUACAAUGCUCCCACAAAAUCAAAGGAACCAGCUAGAUGCUUGAGAGUUCAUGUUCAAUCAGAGAGAAUUACUGGAGGCAAAAAAGCUCCUGCUCGAUCAAAGAGAAUAGUCUCAGACAAUCCUUGUGGGCUACACUUUGAUGAUCAAAAUAAGGCAAAAUCUGAAUGGAAAGGAGAGAGAAAUGGUGCUAUUACUUGCCCUCCACCUAUAUUUGAGGGUUGUGGGGGUGCAGUUCUUGAAUUAAAAUCUAUCUUAUCAGAUGGUUGGGUUUCAGAAUUGCUGAAGAAAGCAGAGCAGACAGUGGCCAAAUGGGAACAAGAGAUUUCAGCUUGUGCUCCUGAGGAAUGCUCAUGCUCUGCUUCGGAUGUUGAUCGUGGAAGCAUCUUGCAGAAAUGUGCUUCCAGAGAUGGCUCCAAAGACAAUUAUUUGUAUUGCCCUGAUGCUAGGGAUAUUCAACAUGGAUAUCUCAAACACUUCCAGUGGCAUUGGACUCUGGGACAACCAAUUAUUGUCAGGAAUGCUCUUGACACUAACCCUGGUUUAAGUUGGGAACCAAUGGUCAUGUGGCGUGCUUUCCGUGAAGUUGGAAAUAGGGUAUUGAAGGUGAAAGCUAUUAAGUGUUCGGAUUGGUCUGAGGUUGAUCUCAACGCUCACCAGUUUUUUAAAGAAUAUUCACGGGGUCAAUUGGAGGGUGCUAAGUCACUUGGCAUUCUGAAAUUGAAAGAUUGGCCACCUGUUGGUAAAUUUGAGCAGCGUUUACCACGUCAUAGUGCUGAAUUUGUUAGAGCAUUGCCAUUUAAGGAGUACACACAUCCCAGGGUUGGAGGUUUGAACAUAGCUGCCAAGUGCCCUUCAAGAACUUUGAAGCCAGAUUUGGGUCCAAAGGCUUACAUUGCUUAUGGACGGGCACAAGAGUUGGGUUGUGGUGACUCUGUCACCAAGCUUCACUGUCACAUCUCUGACGUGGUCAAUAUUUUAACACAUACCACCGAUGGUACUCCGCAUCUUGGCAGAAGUGUUCAUCCAUCUGGGAUCUUGGAAGGUUCAGACAAUAAAAGAGAAGGUGCUCUUUGGGACAUCUUUCGUAGAGAAGAUGUCCUUAAGCUGCAAGAGUAUUUGAAGGGACAUUACAUGGAAUUCAGGCACAAUCAUUAUUCCCCAUUCAACCAGGUCAUUCACCCUAUUCAUGACCAGACAUUCUACUUGACUGAGGCACAUAAAAGGAAGCUAAAGGAAGAAUAUGGAAUUGAGCCAUGGACAUUUGUUCAAAAUCUUGGAGAAGCAGUCUUCAUCCCUGCUGGCUGUCCUCAUCAAGUUAGAAACUUGAAGUCAUGCAUAAAGGUUGCGCUUGAUUUUGUCUCUCCUGAGAAUGUUCACGAGUGUAUCCGUCUUAUCGAAGAGCUCCGUAGUUUGCCUCGAAAUCACCGGGCCAAGGGGGAAAAGUUAGAGGUAUGGAAAAUGAUUAUUUACGCUGUAAAGCAGGCUAUAGACGAACUGAAGUCCGACCAGGAGUUAGAUGAUUGAAAAUAUGGUAGAUGAUGAUUUAUGUUACUCGUAGGGUGAUUCGAUCUUAUUAUUUACUUGAUGACCUGAACAGGCUUCAGGCUUCUAUGUCGCCAAUGUAUCUCGAGUCAGUCUAAUUGUGUUAGUAUAGUGUUAGUGUGUUUGUUGACACCAUACCGGAAUCGAGUCCAGUUGUGUUAGUAUAGUGUCUAUGAAUUCUCGAGUCAUGCGACACACUUACUACCGGGUCGGGUCAUGGGCCGGCAUAACUACCCGCAUUUUCGGGUACCCGUUUAGCUGGGUACCCGGCACCGUUCUGAGUAUCCAGACUUUCGGACCAUGACAUAGGCUCAUGAGAGAAAAUCUUGGCUAUUUUGGUGAAGCUGCUUGUAUUGUAUAGAAUUAUAGAUACAAAUACAAUCAAAUACGAACUACUCAUCGAGUAGUAAAAUGAGAAUUUGAAAGCUUGAGGUUUAUUGUGCAAUUUUUUUUUGUUCUUUGUUC